AUGUCCCCCUGUUUGCCUUGCUUUCCCUCUGAGAUCCCCCUUCAUCCCUCGGCUGCAAGCGUCGAAAAUAAGCGUCCACAGGAUUUUAGGGGGUAUCGCGCGCAGGGCGAGAAGUCAAACAGAGGAAGCGGGGGAAUGCACGUGACAAAGAACGCUGUCAAUUCGCUACAGAGCUACUGCACAGGGGGUCGAAAACAAUGGCGUCAUGCACAGGACGCCGUCGGAGGUUGGGGCUGGGUGGGUUGUUCUCGGGGCCUGCAAGCCUCCAGCGCCGAGCUCCGGGGGCGGAGGGCGGGGGUCGGUGGUGAACUGCGCACCCCCCAUCCGCGGGGGGACCGGCGGGGCGCCGAGCGGACUCUGCGCCCGCCAGCGCCGCCCCGCGGUGGUCGGCGCCCGGGGUCGCCCCAGGCCCCCUCGUCGCUACUCGUCGACCUGGGGCAGGUUCAUGAGUUCGAACACCGCCUCCCGCGCGCUGAUGUGGCCGUCCAGGAUCUGGGCCACGGCGGUGAGCACCGGCAGCUGGACGCGGUACUUCCUGGCCAGGCCCACCACCACCCCGGCGGUGGCCACGCCCUCCGCCACCUGGUGGCUGGACCCCAGGAUGUCAGCCAGGGGCUCGCCCCGCCCCAGCCGCACGCCCACCGAGCGGUUACGGGACAAGGAGCCGUAGCAGGUGAGGAUGAUGUCGCCCAGGCCGGCCGGGCCGGACAGCGUCGCGCCGCGCGCGCCCAUCUUCUCCGCCAGCCACCGGAUCUCGGCGCAGCCCUUUGUGUAGGGUGGGCGGCGGGGGCGGUGCGUGAGGCAGUGGGGUGA